CAUGUCCCAGUGAACGCCGAGGACCCACGAUAACACACACGAAGCCCAAUUAGGAUUCCUUGCGCCCAUAGUGCUGGGACUGCAAUUGCUCUUUUCGCCUACCGCGGCCUGUCUCACACCGAGGCGCGCACUGCAAGACACCCCGCCGACUGUUCUGCGCUGCUCAAACACUCACCGCAAAUCCCCGCAAACCGCCGAAGAAACCCACGCCGCCGCUCUGCCAGCGCACACACCUGACCAGCUCCCGUGUAUGGUGGUCGUCCGGCCGUUCCCGCCAUGAGCGCUAUCCUGACAGACCGGCAAGCGGAGGAGUUGCACAAAGCCAUAAUCGCAUAUCUCGGUGUUAUCAAUGCGCCAAACACAGCAGCUGCCUUUCGAGAGGAAGCCAAUGUCUCGGACGCCUUCGAUGAUGCGACGCGCAAGAAGUACGAGGGCCUGCUGGAGAAGAAGUGGACCAGUGUAGUGCGCCUGCAGAAGAAGGUACUCGAGCUCGAGCAGCGCAAUCAGAGUCUACAGAGCGAAUUGGACUCGACCACACCAACCUCCCUUCUGCGCAAGAACCAAGACCCCACCGCCUGGCUACCACGAGCGCCCGCACGGCAUACUCUCCAGUCCCACCGCUCACCGAUAACCUGCGUCGCAUUUCACCCUAUCUUCUCUUCACUGGCCUCUGGAUCGGAAGACACGACGAUCAAGAUCUGGGAUUGGGAGCUUGGUGAACUCGAGAGGACGGUCAAAGGACACACCAAAGGCGUUUUGGAUGUGGACUUUGGCGGACCCAGGGGGGGCACGCUUCUGGCGUCAUGCUCAAGUGAUUUGACCAUCAAGCUCUGGGAUCCCUCGGACGAGUACAAGAACAUACGGACCUUGCCAGGCCAUGAUCAUUCUGUCUCUGCCGUUCGAUUCGUUCCCAGCGGUGCCGCGGGCUCACCAUCGUCAGGAAACCUGCUCGUCUCUGCGUCUCGAGACAAGACACUGCGUGUAUGGGACGUGACGACGGGCUAUUGCGUGAAGACAAUACGAGGGCACGCGGACUGGGUACGAGAUGUGGCGCCCAGCUUCGACGGACGGUGGCUCGUUUCUGCGGGUAACGACCAGACUGCACGCCUGUGGGACGCCAAUUCAGGAGAAGCGAAGUGCACUUUCCUCGGUCAUGAACACGUUAUCGAAUGCGUCGCAAUAGCACCGCCAGUUGCAUAUGCCAACUUGGCCUCUCUCGCCGGACUGAAGAAAGCACCGCCGCUCAGCAGCUCAGCAGAAUACGUUGCAACAGGAUCGCGAGAUAAGACGAUCAAGAUUUGGGAUGGUCGGGGAACACUCAUAAAAACACUAGCUGGCCACGACAAUUGGGUGCGAUCACUUGUCUUCCACCCUGGCGGGAAGUACCUGCUCUCAGCCAGCGACGAUAAGACAAUACGAUGCUGGGAUCUGACCCAGGAAGGACGGUGUGUGAAGACCGUCACGGACGCACAUAGUCACUUCGUCAGCUGCAUGAGAUGGGCACCGAACGUAGUCAAGGAUGUUCCGGUCAACGGCGACAGUUCAAAUGGAGCAGGGUCAAGCGCUGCAAACAAGAAGAAAGAGGAAGACGCUGCCAAGGCAGGGAUCAGAUGCGUGAUUGCAACGGGAUCUGUGGACCUCAACGUCCGCAUCUUUGCAUCCUGACCGGAGAGUAAUCACUGAAGCAACAACCACAUGGCUAUCGCUUGAUUAGACCAGCGACAUGGCUGAGACACGGAAAAGGAGUGUUCGUCCAGAGCUGUUGACACUUCAGAUGAUCCUAGCUCCUGGUCACUCAGCUUGUGUUCAGAAGGGAAUGCAUGGAGGCACAACCCAUUAACGAGACCACGAAUGGUAAUCAUACGUUCACGAUAGCUGCAUUCUGAGAUAGGCGUCGUUGGCAUAUUCUUUGGUACUGAGAACACGUAUCCGGACACGCGGAUGCUUUAGAUGAUACGAUCGUCGAGUGUAGAUAGCGAGAAGAUGAAGCAAGUGUAACACGAGUCAAUCACGCAGUGUACCUUGGCAGUAUCUAUUCAAC